AUGUCCAAAAAGGGUUGCAAAUCAUUCGCCGACCUCCUCCAUUCCACCGCAGAUGCCUCCUAUUCCUUCGCCUCUAACGUCAGCCGGAAAGAGUACCUGCACCAGAAAGAAGAAGCAGCUCAUCAGCAUCAUUUUAUUUUGCAUGCUGCUUUAGAUAUUGUUCAAGAUCUUGCAUGGACAACGAGUGCCAUGUUUUUGAAGGCAAUGGACCGAUUCAAUGAACUAGUUGUAUCAGUUUAUGUGACUGCUGGUCAUGCUAGAUUGAUGUUGCUUCAUGAUUCGCGAAAUGAAGAUGCAAUAAAAAGCUUUUUCCAAGAGGUUCAUGAGCUUUAUAUAAAGUGUGAUCUCCAACUUCUAUUUGCUCUUUUGAUAUAUGUUUCUCUAAAGGGCGUGCAUUGCAAUCAACACAUGUAUCAAACAUGUAAAUAUGGAGCACUCACAUGCUUUUUUACUUGUAAAUUAUGUACCUCCCACCUAAAUCUCAAGCUCUCGUCACCCUUGUGACAUUCAUCUUUC